UUUUUGACAAGUAUCAAAAUAGUAUUGAGUAUUAAGAUAAUGGUUUUCUAAAUAAAUAUCAAAUUAAAACAUUAAUUUUUUACGAUAUUUAAUAAUACAUACUAUAAUGAGUUCAGAAGAAAUUAUUGAUUUUGCGAAACUAGAACCAGAUAUUCAAUCUUUGAUAAAGAAGACUAUAGCAGUUCGAUGUAAUGUAGAAAAUGCAUCUUAUCCUGUGGGAAUUUGUGCAGAAAGAACAGCAAUUGUUAAAGCAGUGUCAGAAGGAAAAAGAAAAUUCAAAGUUUUAACAGUAGUAGCUGAUAAAAAAAAUAAUAUUUUUACCACACCAUGUGGAUUUUGUAGACAAGCUAUUGCAGAAUUUGGUGACAUACCAAUUUAUUUAACAGGACCUGAUAUGAAAAAUGUGUUAAAAACGACAUUAAGCAAUUUGUUACCUCAUGCUUUUGGAAUUGGAAAUGCAAAAUUAUUGCAAUAAAUUUUUAAUGAAAGAGAUUAAAUCAUGUAUAUUAAUAUUUGUUAAUAUUUCUUUAAGUUCAUUUAUCUUAUAUAUUAAUUAUUUUAUCAAGACAUAUUCUGUCUUUUAAUGAAAAUAUAUAAUUAUUGUUGUUUUGUAUUAUAUGAAUUUGUCUAUAAAAAUUUGAAUGAAUGACUGUACUAAUGUGCUAAUUGUGAUGUUAGUUUUUAUAUAUACAAAUUUCAAUAAAUACAAAGACAAUCCUUAAGAAAAAAAUAUUGUUACUAUAAUCUUAUUCCUGAGUAAAUUUUUUCUAUGUUUACAUAAAAACUGAUUAUUAUAUAAUUUUUGAAGUAUGUUCUUUCUAAUUUACAUUGUACUUUAUAAGCAAGAAUAACAUAAGUAUUAUAUACAAUCAAUAUAAUAAUAUAGCUUAUAUAUGUACAUGUUCUAGUAGUAUGACAUUAUACAUAAUUAUUUCUUAAUAAUAAAAAAUGCAAAAACAGGAACAAGACUGCACAUGAUAUAUGUUAAGUCCCCAUCUACGAAAAUUUUUGUUUACCAAAAGGGACACCUGUAAAAUAAAUAAUUUUAUUAGUAAUGAUUAAUAAUAAUUGAUCAUUUAUAAAAAAAUGUAUUAUUUAUAUAUUAUAUAAUUAACAAAUAAAUAAUGAAAAUCA